GGGUUAGAACCUUUAGCCGCAUUCGAGGUGCGUCGCAGAUGACUGCGUCCGCCCUGCCCUUCGUAGAGGGAUCUUGCCGGCCAAGGAAUACGGUGCCCAGUUGCCUGAGACACCGCCAAAACUUCCCCCGAGAGCAGAAGCGCGUAAGACGCCCCCGCUCCCGCCGCUACUCCCUGGGCUACUACUAACUACGAUGCGGUAAAGGGGGAAAGGAUGCUGCGAGCAGACGCUGGUUGCCACAAGCCCAGCCAAACGAGUGGGGACUUUCGAAUGGAAGGCAAGGCAACAGAACGAUGAAAAGAAAAGAAAACGUUGUUGAUGCGUCGCAUGUCACGAGGGUGGGCUGACUCGACGAUCAGACCACCUCAACGCGACGAAAGCGAAGUGAUAGCGAAUGAAGUAUAUGUCAGAAAACCCAAGAGAACGGAAACGCACCACGCCCAGUGGCUGUUAGUGACCACCCAGCCACCCACACAGCCACUGAUCCAUGAACCUUGACAGUCGAAAUGUUGAAGCUUGAGGUCGUCGCGUCGAAGUCUUCUGAGCCCCCGUGUACGCUGGGACCGUGGAGCCCAGUCCGUCACUGCGGACCCGUGGGUCGGCUCGGGAACUGCGGCCACUUCCUCAAGUACGCACAACUAAGUCAUCGGGCAGUCGGAGGGCGCCCGUACGAUUUGACGGAACGCGCCUCUCAGUCGCCUGGACCGUUGGGGCUCGGGCCAUAGCACGAGUGGCAAGAGCCGCGGAUCCGGAACGCACCAGCGGGCUACUGCCGUGGGGGACAUCCGUACGCUCUGCGGGGUUGGUGUGCCUGUCGACCUGUGCCACUGCCUAUGGUUGCGGGCAUGGAAUCGGAUGGGAGUGGGACCUCGUCACGAACGUCGGGGAGUCUCAGUGGCCAAGCCCGGGGUCACCGAAGGCGUGCGGCGUGAGUACAGGUUGACGUCGAUCGGAUUUGGGUCGGGGCACGCUCUGCAGCUCGGCGCCCUUAGGUCCAGCAACAGCUGCAGACAGGCGGGCUGAGGCGGCACUAUCGACCGGUCGCGCUGCCCUCCGGUGGACUUGUGCAGGUGACGACCCUUGGGGAAGGGCUAGUGUCUAGCUUCCUUCCGUUCAACGGACAUCGUUGUUGUCGAGAUAUCUUGUGGCAACAUCAGGACUAGCCAUGGGCUG